AUGGUGGCUCGAUUGGCUAGGGUUUUUCAAAACCCUAACCCUAACCCUGUGAAUAAGGAUUUAGGGGUUUUUUUAGCUUUGGGUCAUUUAGUAACCCUUUUGCGGUGGCACCCUCUCCUAGCCUCACCCUUUUGCCUUGAUAGAUACCAAGCUAAAUGCAUCGGCAAGGAUAUCGUCCUUCACUUGUUCUCUGCAUGGGAUUUCGGCAUCAAAGCUAGCUGCGCAAUUAGUACCGUUGAAAACAAUUGCCUUGCUACUGUUCUAGCAAUACCUAAAGUGGCUAAAGUGAUUCCGGCUAUUUCUGAUGUGAAACAAGGUCUGGAUAUGGGUCGGAGCCUCUUGGUAACCGAGAACGUGGGGUGGUCUGAUCACUGUUUCCCUGCUAAGAAGCGGAAAGUUGGAAGACCUCUUGGUUCAAAGAACAAGAAGAGGGUUGAGAAUGUUCAUCCUUGGAAGCUGGCUAUGAAAUCUGGAGCAAGCUAUAAUUAUCCGAAAAUUCGAUCCUUCGAGAUAUGUACUCUUGAUGGAAGUGUAGACAUGCAUGGCCGGCCAGCAAUCAGAGCAAAAUCGGGAAGAUGGGUCGCCGGAAUCAUCAUUCUUGUGAACCAAGGUCUGGCAACCCUAGCAUUCUUCGGAGUUGGGGUGAACCUGGUUCUUUUCUUGACCAGGGUGCUGCAACAAAACAAUGCAACAGCAGCUAACAGUGUGAGCAAGUGGACCGGAACUGUCUACAUCUUCUCCUUAGUUGGUGCCUUCCUCAGUGAUUCUUACUGGGGACGCUAUAAGACUUGUGCCAUCUUUCAGAUCAUAUUUGUCAUAGGACUGGCUUCAUUGUCGCUAUCAUCGCAACUCUUCUUACUGAGGCCCAAAGGUUGUGGGAGCCAAGAAAAUCCAUGCGGAACUCAUCAAGGCUACCAAAUUGCAUUAUUCUACCUUUCCAUCUACCUCAUUGCCCUAGGAAAUGGAGGGUACCAACCAAACAUUGCAACAUUUGGAGCUGAUCAAUUUGAUGAAGAGGACCACAGGGAAGGACACUCAAAGGUGGCAUUUUUCAGCUACUUCUACCUGGCAAUGAACCUAGGCUCCCUUUUCUCCAACACCAUAUUAGGGUACUUCGAGGAUGAAGGAAUUUGGGCACUUGGGUUCUGGGCGUCCACUGCGUCUGCGUUUGCAGCACUGGUCUUGUUUCUUAUAGGGACUCCUAGGUACAGGCACUUCAAGCCAAAUGGGAAUCCUCUUGCAAGGUUUUGCCAAGUCUUGGUUGCUGCUGUAAAGAAAGGCAAGGUAAAUAUGCCAUCAGGUGGAGAGGAAUUAUAUACAGAGGAAAAAAAGGAGUCCUCCAACCGAAAGAUCCUCUACACCCAUGGGUUCAAGUUCCUGGACAGGGCAGCAUAUAUCUCAUCAAGGGAUUUAGACAACCAGAAACAGGGUCUUCAAGACCCAUGGCGUCUCUGCCCUAUUACCCAAGUGGAAGAAGUUAAAUGCAUUCUAAGGUUACUCCCAAUUUGGCUGUGCACCAUUCUCUACUCGGUGGUUUUCACACAAAUGGCUUCUCUGUUUGUAGAGCAGGGAGCUGCUAUGAAAACCACUGUUUCAAACUUCCGCAUUCCGCCAGCAAGCAUGUCUAGCUUCGAUAUCCUCAGUGUGGCAGUUUUCAUUUUCUUUUACCGCCGCAUUCUUGACCCACUAGUGAGCAGAAUAAAAAAAUCUGAUUCCAAAGGACUUACUCAGCUUCAGAGAAUGGGAAUUGGCCUUGUUAUAGCAAUCUUAGCAAUGGUUUCAGCUGGAAUUGUGGAGUGCUACAGACUCAAGUAUGCGAAGAAAGAAUGCACCCAUUGCGAUGGCUCAAGCACCCUAAGCAUCUUCUGGCAAAUACCGCAGUAUGCAUUCAUCGGCGCUUCUGAAGUUUUCAUGUAUGUAGGUCAGUUGGAGUUCUUCAAUGCACAAGCACCAGAUGGACUGAAGAGCUUCGGAAGUGCCCUGUGCAUGACAUCCAUUUCUCUCGGUAACUAUGUUAGCAGCUUGCUCGUGAGUAUGGUCAUGAAGAUAUCAACUGAAGAUCACAUGCCCGGAUGGAUCCCUGGAAACCUCAACAAAGGCCACCUAGAUAGGUUUUACUUCCUCUUAGCUGCCUUGACAUCAAUAGAUUUGAUUGUCUACAUUGCAUGCGCCAAGUGGUACAAGUGUAUCAAGUUGGAGGGAAGAUUUGAAGAAAAUGAAGAGCAAGAGAACUUCAAAGUCUGAUGGAAACAUCAAGGAGGCAUGUUAAGACCUAUGCUAGCAACCUAUAUUAAAUAAGACGAAUGAGGUCCUAAACAACGGGGUAAAAGGAACUGUUUUCUCACCAACUCUCUUGCACCCGUUUUUCUCUGUAUCUUUAGCAGCAACACUGUACUUUUUAUGUCCAGGCUUGUUCUAGUAGAGGUGGGUAGCUUUUGGUUUAGGUCUUAGGAUCUUCCCUCAUUCUCAUUUGUUUGUUUUAUUGCUAGCUAUAGACUUAACAUGCGCUUCUAGAGAAAUCUAUUGUACUGAUGGGAACUCUUUGAAGCUGUAGUAAUAUGUAAGAGAACUGCUCUGACUUUUAAUGGAAGCACCUCUUCCCUCAGACUUGCUUCUAUAUUUCCUUGUAAGAGUCUAGUGAAACAAUGUUAGCAAA